AUGGCGGGCCAAGCUAAAUAUGAGAGAGGGAGUUCUUCCUCAAUUACCUUCAAGCCUGCUUCUAAUAGGAGCAUGAAAUUUGGGGUCUGUGUCCACUAUGUCCAGCCCGACGGUAAUUCAUCUGUGCCCUCGGGGACAACUCAGCCUCCCAGUGCCACACAGCCACCCUCUUCAGGUCCCCUAGAUCUUUGCAAGUUGGACCCCUGUGGGGGGAAAUCUUCGUGUGUUAAUCUGUAUUCCACCUUUAUCUGCUUGUGUUCGGAAGGCUGGUACUACAAUAGUUCGUCAUCACUGUGUGAGAGAGGAAAGACAUUCCCUGGAGAGAUCACCAUGAAAUUUGAAGCAGCCGACUUGGAAAAUAAAACCUCUGAAAACUAUCAAAAAUUGCAAAAGCAUGUUGAAGACUUUUUUAAAGACAUAUUUAAGGGUGAUGAUUUUGGACAGACUGUAAUUCUUAAAGUGAGCCCCACCUCGUCUCGGUCAGCAAGAUCUGCAAUAAGGGAUAGUAGAAGCGAUAUCUUUGUAUCAGUAAUAAAUAUGUUUGGAGAAAAUACAAGUCAAAAUGAAACCACUGUGACUGCUGCAAUCAAAAAUGCAACUAUUAAUAACUCUGAUGUGUCAAACUAUACUGAUAUAAAUUUGUGUGACUAUCGUGGUUGUGUGGAUAAUGGCACCGAUAGUUGCCAAGAUGCUUUACAAUGCACAUGCAAACUUGGACUGAAGAGGCCGCAUUUACUGAGUUCUUUUUGUGUUCGUGUAAGCUGUGCUGAGCCCUGCAGCACAGAGGACAGGAAGCAAUGCUUAACAAAGAAUGACGGAACAUGGGAGUGUGUGUGCAUGGCGGGCUACCAGAAGGCUAACGGGAAGUGUGAAGAGUGUCCAUUUGGCUACAGCGGGGUGGAUUGCAAAGACCCCUUCCAGCUGAUCCUCACCAUUGUGGGCACCAUUGCUGGAGCCCUCAUCCUCAUCUUGCUGAUCGCGUUUAUCGUCUCAGUGAGAUCAACGAAGAAAAAGAAGGAUGUGGAAGAGCAGAAAUUGAUCGAGGAUGACUUUCACAAUGUGCGCCUGCAGCAAACCGGCUUCAGCAACUUUGGAGUGGACAAGAGCAUCUUUCCUAAAGUCCGGACAGGGAUCCCAAGUCAGACCUCAAAUCCCUACGAAAACCAUCGAAGCAUGCCCCGCCCAGACUACUAGAAUAAGAAUUGGGAGUCCUCCCUAGCCCAGCCCACACAAGCUGUGAUCUUGAGUGUUUAGAGGACAAGGAGAAACAGGCAGAGACAGAGGUCUGACCUCCAGGGUUCCUCUCCACCCUGUCUGCCAACCCCUCUAAGUAUGGACCUGUGUGAAGACUUGCUGCUUGCUGAAGACACACCUAUGAAAUUAAAUGUACAGCAACACUAUGGGCCUUUGUAAGCGUUUUUUCUCCACUUGGUACAAAAUGCUAUGAUGGUGAUUGGUGUGGGGCUUCCCUUUCCCGAUGGGGCAACAGUUAGCUUCUCCAAUCUAGAGGGAGCACCCUCUGGGCAGUGCCACUCCUGAACAGACAGCGGCUUGUGAUAGGCCCUCACCUCAAGAAGACAGGCAAGAGACACAAGCACCUCCUAGCUGGGACUAGAUCUGCCCUCCAUGGGGGACAGUCAAGUCCUUCAGACGUUAGUUGGUAGGAGAAGCAGGAAAAAACAUGAGCAUAUGGACUGGAGAGAUGGCUCAGAGGUUAAGAGCACUGGCUGCUUUUUCAGAGGUCCUGAGUUCAAUUCCCAGCAACCACAUGGUGGCUCACAACCACCUAUGAUGAGAUCUGCUGCCCUCUUCUGGCCUGCAGGCAGAACACUACAUUCAUAAUAAAAUGAAUCUUUAAAAAAACAAACAAACAAACAAACAAAAAAAAAAACAUGAGCAUAGGUAGUGGAGAGAGGCCAAGGAAGCCACGCUGGGGAAAUGAAGGAGGAAAAGGAAGCAGGUGGCAUCUUCUCCCCUGAUGUUGUCCCUCCUCAGGCAGCAAAUGGGUACUCUCAGGGGCUGCCCCCCCCAGGACACAGAUUCUGGGAAGGUCCUAAAAGCAGGAAUCAGGGUGAAGGCCUGUGACACUGCAGGGCUUCGGUCUGGAGCGAUGUCAAAGGUGUCCACUCUAUGACGCUCCACUGGGCCUCAGCCAUGUGGAAGCUUAGCAGUGUCCACCAACGCGUGUGUACACACACGUGUACGGGAUAAUACAGCCACCUGUCUUUUCAAAUGUUAAUCGCGCCCUUGUGUCUGUCUGAUGUCCGGUCCUCUCAAAAGGUAUUUUUAUUUGUUGUUGUUGUCAUUAUUAUUAUUAUUUGUUCUUGACUGUUCAUUGUGCAAGGCAAUGAUGAAAUAAAACAUAUUUGAUA